UUUUUCUCUGGGAUUGUGGAAAACGAUUGGAUAGAAAAGGGAACUAUGCUCGAAGAAUGUUUGGGAUACGUUUGGGUUGUAGGAAGUGCCCUUUUAUGGCAUGCAGAACAUUUUACAGAUCAUCGCACAUCAACUUCCGGUUGGGUGUGUGCAGACGCUUAGUCUAGGAAGUAAAUUGGAAAUAUCUCUCCUUUUAACACAAGAAUUGUUCACGGAAUUAAUACCGAUCGAAAGAAAAUGUCCAAGUCUUUGAAGAAAAUCGUAGAGGAGAGUCGGGAGAAGAAUAUACCCGAGGUCGAUAUGUGCGACAGGGGUGUAUCAAACAUGUUGGACAUUCCAGGGUUAUUUACACUGUCCAACAUUACCCAGCUGGUUCUGAGUCACAACAAGCUCACAACCAUUCCUGCCAACGUGGCUGACUUGAAGAACCUGGAGGUUCUCAAUGUGUUCAACAACCAGAUAGAAGAGCUGCCCACUCAGAUCAGCAGCCUGCAGAAGCUCAAACACCUCAACCUUGGUAUGAACAGGAUGAGUGCUCUGCCCCGAGGCUUCGGGUCCCUGCCUGCUCUGGAGGUGCUGGACCUGACCUACAACAACCUGAACGAGAGCUCACUGCCCGGCAAUUUCUUCUACCUCACUACCCUGCGUGCACUCUAUCUCAGUGACAACGACUUUGAGAUGCUUCCUCCAGACAUCGGCAAGCUGGGCAAGCUGCAGAUUCUGAGUCUGAGGGAUAAUGACCUUAUCUCUCUGCCUAAAGAGAUAGGAGACCUGGCCCAGCUCAAAGAGCUCCACAUUCAGGGCAACAGGCUCACUGUGCUGCCCCCUGAACUGGGUAACCUGGAUCUGACUGGGCCUAAGCAGGUGUUCAAGGCUGAGAAUAACCCGUGGGUGACCCCCAUUGCAGACCAGUUCCAGCUGGGAGUCUCCCAUGUGUUUGAAUACGUCCGCUCUGAGACCUACAAGUAUCUGUACGGCCGACACAUGCAGGCCAACCCCGAGCCUCCGAAGAAGAACAACGACAAAACCAAAAAGAUCAGCCGCAAGCCCCUGGCCGCCAAAAACAAAUGAGAGAGAGAGGAGGAUGAGAAGGAUGAAGAGGAGGAGGAGCUGACCGCUUGUUUGCCCCUUUUUUAAAUGUAUUUAUCAGAGGAACACAGAACUACAUUUUAUACUGCUCUAUGUUCAGGAUGUCACGCUAGUGUUAGAAUGGUAGGCCACCAUGCAUCUUUAUUCAACAGCCACAGAGGCCGGUUUUAUUACAGCACCCUUUUAAGCAGACCAAAGGACUGAUUCAGUCAACCCAUCCUCUUCAAACCAAUUCAUAAAGCGUCUUUUAUUAACUUUUCUCAGACAGUGUGAUUUUAAACCAUCAGAAAUUCGUUUCUUAACUUAAUUUGGAAGAUAAAUCAUUUCCCAAGCCAUAUCUGUAGUGGUGAAGUCGUUAUACAGGUUGACGGGCUCUGGCCCCUGUGGUCCCACAGUAACUGAAUUAGCUUGUCCUGGUGGGGGAGACUAUUGUGAAACAAUGCUAAUUUGUGUAGCUAUCUGCCGACACAAAACGCCUUGUAGAGUAACCACCAGAGAGACGGCAUUAGCUUCACCCCGCGUUUGAUUUGAUCCAGCUUACCAGAGAGCGAGCGAGACGAGAGGGUGAGGGGAGGGAGGAGAUUGGGGGGUGGGG